GCAAGCAUUUUUUUUCUUCCCCUCUCCGUUAUUAUAUACUUGACUGCCCUUCCCCCCCCCCACUCGACUCUCGUUUACUUUCUUUUUUAGUUCCCCAAGGAUUAUAUACCGGUUUGCCUACCGCCUCCCGCCUCUUCAGAGUUCAAGUAUCCUAGACGACUUCCCUUUGGACGUACCCAAUUACCGUUAUACGUCGUGCCCAUUCGUCAUUCGUUUUGAAUCAUUGAUCGGUUGUCUGAUACUAUCCGCUACUACCACACAUACCACCACUACCACUGUUACUAUUACUACUACUGCUGCUGCUACGACGGUUACUACGAGCUAUUACGAAUCAAGGGUUUUGGCUGCGCGAGUUUUGGAUUUUAUGUUCGUCUCGUAAAUCACGGGGUAUCUUUUUGCAACCAAAUCCGAAGAGCGGCCCUCAUUCACGGGCGGAAUGUCUGCAAGUUGCCCUUCGCCAUUUGUCCCUGGGAGUGAUUACCCGGAGAGGGGAGGUGGUGAGUUUGGCCGCAAGACCAUUGGUUCCCCAUGCCAUAACAGCCAACUGAUGAACCCUUCAGACACCAAUUCUAGAGUUUGCGUACCGCUGCUCUCUGGCGGAGGAACAUGCUGCCUACCAUGCCCCAGGCAACAUUGGGUAUACCCCGACGGUGAGUUGUGCACCAGCGGUGGGCACCGGAGUUUCCAGGCUAAUGGGGUCCCUUAGAUUUCCAGCGAUUAGUGCGUUACUCCACAAUCGUGAAUUUUGUGGGCGUAGGAUGUUGCGUUUUCAUGCUGCUUAGUUUUGCGGUUUUGCCGGUCGAAUUCACACAUAGACACUACCUGAGCGUGUGUCUGGUGUUGGCUAUAAUGCUGAUGCAGGUACGCGUGGCCCAAUGGUGUUGGAUAGGAUGGGAUGAAUGGGUAGAUGAGAUGGGAUGGAUGGGCUGACCAACCCAGGUAUCCUUCAUAAUACCUAUGGGGAGUUCAUCGACACAGUGCUUUGACAAGAUUACGCCUCACGAUAUGUAUUCGAGCAUAAAUUGUGCCCUCUCCGGUGCCUUCUUACUGGGUGGAGGAUGGUGUACGGUCAUGUGGGGUACGUUUGCUGCUCAACUCGAUGGGCUCGGGGAUCCGGCUGACAGGUCUAGUUUUCCUACGGACCUUAUCACUACAUCUUCAGAUUUGUUGGCAAGUAAUUCCCGGGCGCCGCUUCUUCCUUAGUGCACAGGCCGCUGGGUGGUCCAUACCCGUGGUUUUCCUAGCUGUAGCACUAUCCGUAACCGGAGUCUCGUUCCGGUUCGGUGAAUCGUGUCAUAUAAAUUCCAAGGCAGGGCUACAGACCUUCUGGGGACCGCUCCUAGCGGUGGCCGCGGCAUCCAUCGUCACUCAGUCGAUAACGUGAGUGGUUCCCCUGCCAUCUAACCAACACGUAGCUGACGGGACGGUAGCUUUGGAUACUGCAUCCAGGUCUAUCUCCGCAGUCUGAUGGAAGAGAAGGAAGCAACGGAGCUACGAUCGCCACUGCCAUAUGCAACUAGUAUUAGAACUGUGACCGCGGGGCAGGCUUUCAGAAGGAUCCAGAGGGUCGUAUUGCUGCAGUGGAGGGGGAUAUUCGUGGUCGUCCUGAUUCUUGCCGACGUGGUGUUUUUUGCGACGGUUUUCUUGCAAUUUGAUGGGACUACGGAGAAAACACCGGAGAAUGUGAAGGCAGGGUUCGGGUGGUUAAUGUGCUUACUCCAGAACGACGGAGAUAAGGAGAAGUGUUACGACGUUGCAGCGGAAGUUGUGAUACCUGAGGCAACUGCCCUAGCAGUGCUGUUCUUGUUAUCGGUAAGUUUCCCAUUCUUAUAGGAUAGUGAUAAGAUUGGAUUUAAUGGUAGCUUAGUUUAAUGGGAUCUGGGCUCUCAUCCUACUUGGCAAUUUCUCCAUCCUCGCUGGCUGGUACAACUUCUUCAAAAACAUCUUUGUUCGGAAGAAGCCAAAUGACGAGUUCGUCUCGUUCAACGCUAGAUGUCUCUCCGAACCCGAUCCACCGUAUGAAAUGCUUGAUUCUCUAAAGACCGGAAAGGGCCAGCCCCCGUCAACGCCAGGAAGCUUUCACCCAGCAGUCUUGAAACCCGGACAAGACACCAGCCUCUCACUCUCAAUGCCCAGGGAAUACAAUCCUAACACAUUCUCAGCACAACUCAGAGGGCGUGCGGACAGCGACGCAUACAGCCACUCAUCAAAAUUACGAUCUGAGAGCUCGUUUUCUUCGCCACCCUACACACCAUUUAAAGACAUUGAGGCAGCCGGGCGAACACCCCCGGCGCCAUAUUCACCAUAUAAAGAGUUGGACUCGGCGGGCCGAAGCCCAUCCUUGAGUAGCCAAUUCUCUCCAUAUCGAGAUCUUCGCGAGGAUGAUAAGAAUGAGGCAUCGGAUUAUAUUUCCCCACAAACACCCCAAUAUCCCCCUGAUGCAAAGAUCGGAGUGGCUUCAUAGAGAUCCUCCAUCAGUUAUUUUUUUUCUAUUCCUUUUUGUAUUAAUUGGAUAAUUUGUGAUUUAGCGGAUGGGCUCGGUGUAUCAUUGGCUUUUUUUUUCCCCCUCCUUUCUCUCCUAUUCUCGGGGCUGCGUGGGGAAUGGCGGUUCCUUACACCUUUUCUCUUCUCUUUGGGGGGUUCCUGACAAGCGCUAUUUCUUCUGUGUUUUGCUUUCCUUGAGCUUGGGCGGUCUGGCGCAAUCAUUACGGUAUGAAAUUGGCUAGCUGGCGGAAACCCGGACAAACCUGUCCGAACUCUUAUCCUUUCUCCUAUUUCCCUUCUUGUUUACUAUAGCUUUUUCUAGCCACACCCCCAUUUUUAUUUUUACUUUGUAUAUAUUGGCGUAACGUGGAAUCUGUUAAUAGGGAGAUGAGCGAGAGAGAGGUUUCUUCCACUUGGGCUGUUCCAUUGGUAUUUCCACGAUUCAUCCCUGAGUGUGGACUGCAAUGGCGGAAUAGCCAAAUACAGUACACGACCCGCCCAAACACGGAGCGGCCUGUAAUCUAGGAUUACUAAGAUUCGAGCAGCCAGUAACGAG